AUGAACGUCUUCAUGGAAAAUUCCAGCUCAUCUACACAUCAGCUACCUUUGAUUGAAAAGUGCAUCUCUCCUGCUCCGAGAGGAACGCUGUUGUCUAUUCUACAUGUUAAAAAAAAAUUCCAGAAGCUGAAAUCUGACUGUAUGACUCUCAGACAACCCGCAUUUCCACAGUGCAGUAACACCCUCAUGUCACCCUGCCUACAUCACACUUGGGUGUUUGAAUGCCAGCUGAUGAGAGCUCAUUUUAAACUCUCUUGCUUUAAAAACAUUUUUUUUUUUCUUUUUUCUCGAAAGAGUUCCCUUUCUGCAUCCCAACAGUUUGAUUUCUCUUUCAAUUCUGGUGGGCUGACAUCCUCAGAGAUGUUUUGUUUCUGCCAUUACUUAGGGAAGGGGAUGAAAUGA